AUGGACGAAAAGCCUGGUUUCAUUCCACCCGCUAAGGGACUGUGGAUGCUUGAUGAUCCUGGGAAAAAUCUCAAAUUCAUGUCCGAAGAAGAGCUCGACCGAAAUGCCAUCGAAGUCACUGAUGAUACGAGACCCAGGGAGCCACCCGCAGAGGUAAUCACCAAAUACCUUGCCACCCUGACUCCCCCUCAGAAGAAGAUGCAAGAUGAGCUCCGCGACUUGGGCUGGAAUGACGCUGCUAUUCACAACUUGCUCACUAUCUAUGAAGAUGCACAGCGAUACAACUGCGCAAAGCUACGCCAGAAAGUAUACACCGAAGCGGAAAUUCAAAGGCUCGAUGCGCUCGGCAAUCAGAAUGUAAUGGAUUUCUCGCAUCUCAAACGUAGACUUGCCAGCACAGGUGAUGAAGAUUAUCAACUGCAGCUGUACUUGCUGGAUGAGGUGAAGACGUCUGGUUAUGCUUGGUGA